UUCAGUUGUUGACUCCUUCUAGUCGGUCACGAGCAAGCAUUUUCUUACUGUUACGUAAUCCUUGCCUGUUGCUUUAUACUGUUGUUGGGAAAAACGCAAUCUGUUUCCCCACGUUUCUUCAUUGUUAUCGUUUUCAGCAAGAAAUUUAAAAUGAUGUGUUUUAAACGAGUGAUAACUACAAAUCAACGUUUCUGUAGAAAUAUUUCUCUGAAAUCAACAGUAAGUGUUGAAGAGCUUCAAAAGUUCAUGGCAAACAAUUGGUGGGACGCUGACGGACCAGCCAAGCCCUUAUACUCGUUCAAUAAACUAAGAGUACCUUUUGUUGAACGAGGCAUUCGGUCUUGUCAAAAAUCAGUCGUGGCAAAGGCCACCUUGGAAAGCCCUUUAGUCGGAUGCAAAAUAUUAGACGUCGGAUGCGGUGCGGGCAUUUUGAGCGAAAGUCUAAGUCGCUUAGGGGCGAAUGUUACAGGAAUUGAUCCGAACGAAAAUAGCAUUGGUGUAGCUCUUGAACGCGCCCAAAAAAUGAAGCUUAAAAAUGUCUCUUAUGCAGUCAAAACUGUUGAAGAUGUCAACCCGCCUAAUGCUGUUUCACCAACUCUCUUUGACGCUAUCGUCGCAUCGGAAGUUAUAGAACAUGUGGAAAACCAAAAAUUGUUUAUAAAGAAAUGCAUUGAACUCCUAAAGCCAGGAGGUUCUUUAUUUGUAACCACCCAAAAUAGGACUGCUGCUUCUUGGGUCUUCGUCAUCUUUGGAGCGGAAUACGUUCUUAAUAUCGUACCAAGAGGGACCCAUGACUGGGCAAAGUUUCUUACCCCGGACGAGCUCAUUUUUGAAGCCGAAGAAAAUAAUUGUCAACUACGACAGCUUCGGGGCUAUUUCUACAAUCCGAUCGCUGAUAACUGGACUUGGUCUAAAGACACAAGCAUCAAUUAUGCCCUACACGUACAAAAAUCAAGUCAUGGCAAGUGAUAAACAAUGCAUGGAAAUGUCAAAUAGUCUACGUGACCUCGGGGAUGACAACCGCGAAAAACGAUGAUCAUGAGUGAUGGUCAUUUUACAACUUCUGUGAAAUAAAUCACUUACGCUACGAUUUUAAA